AGCCCACCACCUAGACAGCGAGGAACACCAAAGCCCACCAGACGGGCCGGGUCGGGGCUCCCGGCGGGAACCGGGUAGCCAAAGCCUGGCCCUGGUCUCCGCCUUAGCAGGGUCUCCCGAGAGUCCUCCUCAUUCCCCCCCACCGUUUACAAGGCCUGCUGGGAGUUGUAGUUCAGCGGUGAUGCCAUGGAGAAUGGAAAGCCUGGUCCAGUGCAGGUUGUUUUGGUUCACAAAGAACAACACUCCUUUGAGCUAGAAGAGAGCGCCUUGGCCAGCAUCCUCCUGCAGGACCACAUCCGAGAUCUUGAUGUGGUGGUAGUAUCAGUGGCUGGUGCCUUUCGAAAGGGCAAAUCCUUCAUUCUGGACUUUAUGCUGCGAUAUUUAUAUUCUCAGAAAGAAGAUGGUCAUCCAAAUUGGUUGGGUGACCCAGAAGAACCACUGACAGGAUUUUCAUGGCGAGGAGGCUCUGACCCUGAAACCACUGGGAUUCAGAUUUGGAGUGAAGUUUUCACUAUGGAGAAGCCAGGUGGGAAAAAGGUCGCAGUUGUUCUGAUGGAUACUCAGGGGGCAUUUGACAGCCAGUCAACUGUGAAAGAUUGUGCUACCAUCUUUGCUCUAAGCACCAUGACUAGUUCUGUUCAGAUUUACAAUUUGUCCCAGAACAUCCAGGAAGAUGAUCUUCAGCAGCUACAGCUCUUCACAGAAUAUGGGCGUCUGGCAAUGGAUGAAAUUUUCCAAAAACCCUUCCAGACACUGAUGUUUUUGAUUCGAGACUGGAGUUUCCCUUAUGAAUAUAGCUAUGGACUGCAAGGAGGAAUGGCGUUUUUGGAUAAGCGUUUACAGGUGAAGGAACAUCAACAUGAAGAAAUUCAGAACGUUCGAAAUCAUAUUCACUCAUGUUUCUCGGAUGUUACCUGUUUUCUCUUACCACAUCCAGGGCUCCAGGUGGCCACAAGUCCUGACUUUGAUGGGAAAUUGAAAGAUAUUGCAAGUGAAUUCAAAGAGCAGUUGCAGGCACUGAUACCGUAUGUACUAAACCCAUCUAAGUUAAUGGAAAAGGAGAUCAAUGGCUCCAAAGUCACCUGCCGGGGACUGUUGGAAUAUUUUAAGGCAUAUAUUAAAAUUUACCAAGGAGAAGAUCUGCCUCACCCAAAAUCCAUGCUUCAGGCCACUGCGGAAGCCAACAAUUUGGCAGCUGCAGCCUCUGCCAAAGAUAUUUAUUACAACAACAUGGAGGAGGUUUGUGGGGGAGAGAAACCUUAUUUGUCUCCAGACAUUUUAGAAGAGAAGCACCAAGAAUUCAGACAACUCUCUUUGGACCACUUUAAGAAGACCAAAAAGAUGGGCGGGAAGGAUUUCAGCUUCCGUUACCAGCAGGAGCUGGAGGAGGAAAUCAAGGAAUUGUAUGAGAACUUCUGCAAACACAAUGGCAGCAAGAAUGUCUUCAGCACCUUCCGAACCCCGGCAGUUCUGUUCACAGUCAUAGCAGCGUUGUACAUAGCCUCGGGCUUCACUGGCUUCCUUGGGCUUGAGGUUGUGGCCCAGCUGUUCAACUGUCUGGUUGGAUUGCUGUUAAUAGCACUCCUUACCUGGGGGUAUGUCAGGUAUUCCGGUCAGUAUCGUGAGCUGGGUGGAGCUAUUGAUUCUGGUGCAGCAUAUGUGUUAGAGCAGGCUUCUUCUCAUAUUGGUAAUUCUACUCAGGCUGCAGUGAGGGAUGCCAUCGUUGGGAGACCACCUACGGAUAAAAAGGCUCAAUAGCAUCUUAAUGGCAAGAUUCAACAAAAGCCCAGUCAGCACCUGUAUUUCUGCUAAUGCCAUCAUGGGUCCAGUUCCAGAGGAAUGGCUGAUCUGAGACCAUCCUGGAAGAGCUGAGACAGGGCACCAUAAUAAAUGAACUGACCUCUCCUAUGGUUUCCAAUUCCACUUGUCUUGGAAGCAUUUCUUUUUCUUGCUGACAGACCCAAGGCUACUCUCUUCUCUCUUUGCUUUGUGCACUUUAAGGGGUGGGGGUGGGGGCCAAAAGGAAAACAUGGAAAUGCAGCUUUUAAGUCUUUGAUGUGCCACAUAGUGCCUUUUAGGACCAGUCCGUGCCUCUGCCAGCCAGGAAGGCUGAGGAAUGGACAGCCUCAUGAAAUGCGGUUUUGGAUCAAGUUCUCUUGGAUUUUAGAUUUCAGUUCUUUUGUACCUUUGAAAUUUGUUUUUCAAAAAUUUAUACAACUUGAAAAAGGCUCAGAACUAAAGGCCAACUGAAAUGAUACUUAUUACACUUACACAAUUUCCCCCAGUACUGGUGAUUGAAUCUAGCACCUGACAGGCUAGGCGAUUGUUCUACCCUGGAGCUGUCCCUGCCCGCUUGACUGUGCAGUCUCAGGUCUUGAAAUUACUUUGUUCCCAGGCUGGCUGUGAGCUUUCCAUCUUCUUCCUUCCUCUUUAGCUUCUUGAGUAGCUUGAAUACAGACCUGGCUACCUUGCUUCAAAACCUUAUUUAUAUGAAUUACCUUUGCUAUACAGCAUGGAAAAAAUUAAAUCAUUUAAUAUUC